AUGGAGGAGAUUCGAAGAUUCGACAGUGCGGUGGAAGUGGAAGUGGAAGUCAAGGGCGAACACGAACACGAACACGAACACGAACAGGACACGUCGUCGCGGCUGGACCCUCCCCCACUCGCCACAGCCAAUCAGGAGGCACCACCCCCACCCCCGUCACCCGGACCGUCCCGACUCCUGUCCCUCCCGCGCGAACUCCAGCUCAGCAUCUGGGAAUUCGCCGUCAUCGAGGACCGACCGCUCCACAUCAACUGUCCCUGCGACAGCUCCUACGGCGGCUGGACCGACGCCUACUACGCCGAUCGCGAAGCGUGGGAGAACGGCGACAAGCACCCGCCGUGGCAACCCCCCUUGACCCGCGUCUGCCGUGCAAUCCGAGCUGACGCGCUGCCCAUCUUCUACCAGCACAACCGCUUCCAGGCCGGCUACUGCUACGAGACCGACCACGAGGCCGUGGAGGACUAUCUCCUGCGCAUCGGCAAGCAGAAUCGGGAGCUCUUGAGGCACUUUUACUUCUUUGAUGGGAACUGCCGACAUGACGUGAAUCGGCCGCGAGACCUGAAGCUCGUGGCGAGAGGAAAGGUGGUGAGGGGUUUGUCUGGGCGGUUGCAAAGUACGUAUACGGAUGAUCAUUGUAGGCAUGAUGUGGUCUUCGGUGGAGAGGAGGAUGGAUUGGAAGGGAUUGAGAAGUUGUUUGGGGAAAGUUAG